AUUAGGAAACAUGUAUUUAUAUUUCCGUUACAAAAUCAAUAAACGGCGGGUGCUGGAGCUGUACUGACACCAAGCAGAUGAUAAAGCUACCGACACGACGGGUAGCACAGCCAUAGAGGCGGGCAGAUGGUAAGACCAUAUUCUGUAUUGCGCCAGGGGUAGGCUCGGGUCAUUGUGUUAUGUCAAGACAGGGUCUACAUUUGACCUGGUCAGGGGUAUUGGUACCUAACAUCAAUAUCGAUUGCUACGACGUCAAGUAGGUACAUAGGUUAAGUAUAUAAAGGGAAUCUCCUGCUCUUGUCUUCCACCCCAACCGGGGCUGUGAGAGCAGGCCUUAUUGCAUUGACUUGUACGUGCUAUUAUCGAAUCCUGUUCCCUGACACUAUGCCGCCAACACUCUCUAGUGGUUGGACGCAAUGCUUCCCUCCUGCGCCAAAGUUUACGGAGAAAGAUGUGUUCGACUUGGCUGGAAAGGUGUACAUUAUAACAGGAGGUACAUCAGGAAUCGGCAAAGAGUUGGCGCGUAUUCUCUAUUCGAAGAACGCUAAAGUCUAUAUCGCCGCACGAGAUGAGGGCGACACGAUUCGAAGCAUCGAGGAAGCCGAACCUGCCUCAACUGGAACACUAGUCUUCCUGCAUCUCGAUCUUGCGGAUCUGCGAUCAGUAAGAGCAUCGGCACAGCGAUUUCUUGCAGCCGAAGAGAAACUCCAUGUCCUCUUCAAUAACGCCGGAUAUAUGGCACCUGGGGACAACAACAUAGAGAAGACGGCGCAAGGCUACGAGAAACAACUGGGAGUGAAUUGCUUGGGGCCAUUUCUAUUCACUAAGCUGCUGAUGCCGAGACUUCUGGCAACGGCAGCAGAUAACAGCACCUUGGCAAACGAGGUCCGAGUCGUCUUCGUUUCUUCGUUCGCGGCCGAAAUGUACCACGAGAAGCGUGUGGGUAUUGAUAUGGAAAAUUUGGACUAUCACCGCUCCAAACCAGGCAUACACCGUUACGGCAUAAGCAAAGUAGGUGUGUGGGCUUAUGGGGUCGAAAUUUCAAAGCGCUUCCAUACUCAUGGGGUCUUGGGAGUGCCAGUCAACCCGGGGAACCUUCGUUCCGAACUUUUCUGCCAUCAAGGCUUUCUGUUCAGGCUGCAGGUAGCUCUGAUGCACUACCCCGCCAUUAAAGGCGCGUAUACGGAACUAUUUGCUGGAUUCUCACCUGAGGUGACAGAUAAGUCUGGGUAUGUGUUUCCUUUCGGACGCUUUCAUCCCAUCUGUGAAGGCUUGCAGCUUGCAGCCAGGCCAGAGUCCGAGGGUGGUGUUGACUUGACACGGAAUUUCUGGGAGUGGAGUGAAAAGCAGGUUAAACAAUUCGUUUGAUGGUAAAGGGGUGUGAGUCCAGAACAAAGUACUUGGUAAACGGUCCUUGGCAAUUUAUUUCCAGUAACACAACAUAUUAGCCAUCACAGUAUCACAAUUCCUUUAUCACAAAAUCUAAGCCACACCGGUAAAGAGAACAGUGUAGCAUUCCGUACAGAUAACCUAGGUAGAUAGAAGGUCUAUGGUGGGGU